AUGGCGGCCUUAGGGAGCGGCCGGGAGGUCCAGCCGCCUCUGGCCUACCGCACAGUCCUCUGCAGAUACUUCCAAAGCGGGUAUUGCCCUGCUGGAGACAAGUGCACGUUUAUUCAUUCGUCAGAAGACAGUUUAACUCCCGCUACUCAACAAUGCAAGAGCUUCCUGAUGGGGUCUUGUAAGAACGGCAUUAACUGCCCGUUUGCCCACUCAACUCCUCAUGCUGCUACUAUGAACCAGCAGCAGCAGCAGCAGCGGGUGCAGCAGCAGCAGCACCUGCAGCAGCAGCACCUGCAGCAGCAGCAGCAUUUGACGUAUGGCAGCCGCCCUAACUCCGCAACGGGAGUAAAUAUCGAGUACAAGAUGGGACAUGCAGUUGUCGCUGGCGCUGCUGCGCACAGCCCCCAUCAUCGGCAGCAGCUGCAGCAGCAGCAGCAGCUGCAGCAGCAGCAGCAUGCAGGUUAUAGUUUGGUUAAUCCAUACGGUGAAAUUGAUGGCUACGCAGCGCCUCCUGUUGCAGCACAGUACUCUCUUGCUGCUGCUACUGCUGCUCCUGCUGCUGCUGCAGCGUAUGGGCAGGGACAGUAUGCAGUUGCUUCUGAGCCUUCUGCUGCUGCUGCUUCAGAUGCAGCAAUGUAUGGGUACCCCCCGCGUUAUCUUGCUGCAGCAGCACCUGUAACAGCAGCAACAGCAGCAGCACACCCUCACUAUGGGGCUUAUGCACCGCAUUCGCCUUAUGCUACAGCAGCAGCACCUGCUGCUUCUGCUGCUCCUUUUGCUGCUGCUGCUGCUGCUGCAUACACCUCGCCCUUGGCACACCCCAAAGCGAAGACGAAGAUGUGUACCUUCUGGCCAUUGGAGGUCCAGCAGCUCGCCUACAGGCUGCAGCAUUUGCGUCGAUGGCUGCAGCACAGGGCCAGGCAGCAGGAGCGUAUUAUUGAGUGUACGCCCACUGAGCGGAAAGCUGGUGCAUGCACUCGCGGUAGCGAGUGCACGUUUUCUCACGACCAGAGGGUGCGCGAAAGGGAGGAGCAGCAGAAGAAGCAGCAAGAGCAGCAGCAGCAACAGCAGCAGCAGCAGGAACAGCAGCGAGGAGGGACGCAGACACAGAAGCAGCAGCAGCAGCAGCAAGAUUGCCCUCCAGCGAAGCGUUCGCGUGUAGCGGAGACACUGAACAACGGUGCGCAGCAGCAGGAGCAGCAGCAGAAGGACGAGCAGCAGGAGCAAGCAGCAACAGCAGCAACAACAACAGCAGCAGGGCAGCAAGAUGAUUCAGCCACAGAACAGCAGCAGCAAGAGGAGGUGCAGCAGCAGCAGGAUGCAGAGGGUGUGCUGCUGCAAGAGGAGCAGCAGCUUCAAGAGGAGCAGCAGCUGCAGGGGGAGCAGCAGCAAGAGCAGCAGGAAGAAGCAGCAGCAGCAGCAGCAGCAGCACCUUAG